GAAACUAAGGACUGAACACACGGAAAGUGCAACUGUGUUUCACCAUAGUGAGCCUGUGAAGUGAUAGUAAACUGGUGUCUAGAUUUUGUGAUAUAAAAAAUUAAAAUGAUAAGCCUAGUGUACGUCAUCGCCCUUUGUGCAGUCGUCGUGGUAGGAGUCCCAAGGCCCGGCGAAGACGGCAAAUGGCACCCUUACAAAUAUGGAGACACUGGAAAGUACAUUCCAACGGACGAAGGGAAAUACAUCCACAUUCCGAACCCUUACAUCCACGAUGACAACCCAUACAUACACGAUUAUGAACCUUACGUUGGAGAAGCGACUGUGGUGGAUCAGUAUAGGUAUCAACUGACCCCACCUGAUGAGCUACUACCGUACUACCAAGAUGGGUACUACAGGAACAAUGGCAUUAAAAUUAUAAGGCAGAAACAUAAUUACCAAGAGGAUAAAUACGAUUUUGAUUUCGAGACAGAAAAUAAAAUUCGUGCUGAAGAGAAGGCCGUAUUGAAGAAUCCGAAUACGAUUGACGAAGGCAUCGCAUCAAAAGGAUUCUACGAAUACAUUGGACCUGACGGGUUCAUGUACAGAGUAGAAUAUACAGCUGAUGAGAACGGUUUCCGCCCUAAGGUCAAAAGGCUAGAAACCAAAUACUCAGGCAAAUGGGUGUUAGAAAAGGUUAACUAGUUGUAACAAAUAAAAAAUAACUCCUUGAUCCAUUCAUAUCAGUAUUUCAAAUAGUUGACUAUUUCAUAUCAACUAUUUUUGACUGUUCAUAUUUUAUUUAAAUAUUUUAUUGAAUGAGUUGAAAAGUAUAAAAAUUCAAAUACUAUGAUCAACCGGUCAAUGAAAACAGCAUAAUUUUAACAAAUAUGUUAUUGCCGAGCUUAAUCUGUCAUCAAAAUUGUUGUGUCAAAACAAAAGUGAUUGUGUUUAGGUAGUUUAAUUUAUAAUUUAGAUUUAAGUGAUUAGACUAUUAUGCUAGAGAUUUACCUAUUUAUGAA